AUGGCGACCGACGACCCUCCGCCAGAAGUGGAGCCGUCGUGCGCGAUAUCAAACAUCGAGGCCUUCGUCGCGAGCGCCACACCCGUGUUCGCGACGAACGCGAACGCGCGCGCGCGCGAAGUGUCCACGUCUACGUCGACCUACGCCUUAUCCGAGCUCUUCGACGCCUUCGAAGAGCCGAGCGCGUUCGGCGCCGAGGUCCCACUGCGGUUACAGGAGGGCGAGGAUGUGUCGCAGUAUUACGUUCCGUUCCUGAGCGGUUUACAGCUGUUUAAGCGCGACGAGAACGGUGGUACUGUCAGCGCGUACGAAUUCUUUGAAAAGGCGUCGCCGUACAGCAGGGCGGCGCUGCGAGAGACGAUCGGGACGAUUUUGGACGAAAACGAGGAAUUGCGGUCGUUGACGAGCGAUGAUUUAGCGCCGAACAGCUGGAUGAGCGUUGCGUGGUAUCCGAUCUACAGGAUACCUCAGGGGACGAUGUUACACGACGUGCAGGGAUGUUUUCUGACGUAUCACGCGUUGUACGUGGGAGAGCUGCGAGACGGCGAUAUCGCGUGCCCGCUCCCGCCGAAGAUGUCCGAGACACAGGAAGAAUUGAUCGAGAAGAGAGUGAGUAGGGCGAAGGAGACGGCUGGGGAGAACGCGCAGGUGCACGUGUUGCGCCCGUUUGGGUUGUCCAUGUACAAGAUGCAGGGCGACGUGUGGGCGGCGAGCGAGAGCGUCACGGAGUGGAUGAACGCGCUCAUGGACGGCGCGUACACGUGGUUACGCGCUCGAAAGACGGUCCAUCCCGAUUACGAGUUCUUUUCUCACUUCGGGUGA